UAUGGCAUUUGGGUGUCGGGUGGAGCUGCCUUCUCCGCCUAGUCGUAGAAGGGCACGGCCAACAGCCAAGGAGAGGAGCUCAGACAAGGUGAUUCGUUCAGUAACUUCUCAUGCACCUUUUGUUAGACCGAUGGUAAACCGUCUUCAUCCUCAGAAGGUUAAUAUCUCGCUUUUAUUGACGCAAGAGACAGCGAGGUUGAGAAAAGAUUUGGCAAAGAUCAUAGUUCUUGAGGUCAUCUCCGGCCAAACGAGGUACGAGAUCUUGCUGGAAUUCUUAUCGGGGGCGCUGAACACGCCAAGAGUCGAUGCUGUGUAUGAGUUUCGGGAGAACUCCUUUCUGGCAACUUUGUGCAGCGAGGAAGAAGCGAUCAAGGCCAGUAAGAUCACGGAGCUCAGCCUGCCUUCGAGACUGGGGUUGUGCGUCAUUUCUAUCUCACCAUGGACAGCGGAGGUGGGCUCUGUUGGCUCGGCGUCAAGGAAGGGACAAGUCCUUCUCAUAUGGAACCUCCCACUUCGCCCAUGGACUUGGUCUAUUCUUGUGGAGCUCUUGAAAUCGAUCGGUGAGCUGGUCACGAUACCCUAGCCGAGCAAGCCGAGCAAGCCACACAAAUCCUUUCUCUCCAUCUUGGUGAGAUGUCAUCAGCGGGCGUCCUUACCUUUUGAGGUUUCUCUGAGCUUUGGAAUGAGAAGAUUUAUUGUUCUGAUCACUGAUAACCGAUUGCAUUUUUCGACCUUCUGCUGUGAUCUGGAGAAGUUCUGCUACUCCUCGGCAACACUGAAGUGUGAAAGAGAAGCGGAGGCGCUGAACCGUCCUAGAUUCACACAUGAGGUCCCUAGGGAGGCUAAGGGAAAGGAGGUUAGGAGUGCUCAAACUUCGGUGAAGGAUAAGGAGAAAAGAGAGCAACAGUGGAGGCCGAGAACACAUGCGGCGGAGACCCGUCCAGUGAGCGAUACUCCCGGGGUCCAUAGGUCCCUUGAGGAUCGAACCUGUUUGGUGAGCUCUACUCCCGAGACCCGUCCGAUGAGAGUUUCUCCCAGGGUAUCUUUAAUUUCUCCAACCUCACUGGCGGAGGAUAAACGGACGUCUAGCGAUCACAGAGAGGGUGGCGCUUCCCCUGAUCUCAAUCAGUCCACCGGUCCAUUACCAUCGGAUGCUGGGCUGGGGUUUUUGGAGAAGACCGAUGGUCCAACGACAUUGCAUGGGGGAGCAUGUGACCUGUUAGAGAUCUCUCUCGUUGUCGAGCGGGAUUGGAUAAGGUUGCCUCGAUCGCUGGGAACAACGCUGUUGUCCUAAGUACGAGGUUGCAUGCUGAACUGACUGAGAAGACUACUGACACCGUGGUUGGCUUACAAGUGUCACGCGCUGAGGAUAGAGCGAGGCUUGAUCCCAAGGCAUCAUCAAUCGUUGUGAUGAUGGAUCCUGAGGGGACCAGUGGGCCGCGAAGUGUGAGGCCAUUACCUAUGAUUGGGCCGUUUCUUGUGAACCCAGAGUUAGGGGAUUCCUUGAGUUUUAAGGGGGUUGGUGGGCCUUCUAUUAAGAACCCUGAGUUGGGGGUUCCCUUGAAGGUUAAUGGGGGUGUUGGGCUGAAGAGCAUGGAUAAUUCGGUGAGGCCAGAUGUUAUUGGGCCAGGUUUAAAUGAAAGUGUAAUGGAGGAAAGGAUUUUGAUUAGUGAUGAUCAAGAUAGCUCCUUUUGUAACCCAUCAAAACCACCUUCGGCCUUCACUCCUCCGCCAAAUUUUAAGUGGGUAUUCCUUCAUGGAAUUUGGACCCUUGUCCCUUCUAAAUUCUCAGCUGACAUUAUUGCUAGAUCAGCAAUUGACCCUGGGUCCGACCAGCUGGAUAAACUGGAAUCUUGGGGGGAUGAUCAUCAGGAUGAUGACCUACAGGAUAAUGAGAUUACUGAAGUUAAAGAAUCUGAGCAGGAGACCUAUAGCACCGAUAGCAGGCACACAGAAGAUUCAGAGACAGACUUUGAGGAAAAAGUUCGGCGGCUGCUGCAUAGUGGAUAAACUGAAGACACUACCCAGGGUACAAGAAGAAGUAAGCGUAGAAAAAAGCUCUUAUCCAGGUGGAAUGAGGAGGCGGGCUUUGUACCACAACCGCCCCGUUCAGUGAAGAAGAAGGGAAACUCUACCUCAUCUUCGGAAGCUCCUGAUGAAAAGAAAGCCAAAUUGGAGGAGGCCAGUGGAAAGCUUAGGAGAAGCCUUGAUUUCCUUUCAUCACGCGACUUGGAGCAGAGUGCUCAAUCUGAUCCGGUUCCUUCCCAGAGUGUGGGCUAGCGGUUUCGGUGUGUCCUUUUUGCCCUAGGGGGGUUUGUCCCUCUAAUGCCUUUCGUUCCUUUUUGUGGUAUGGUGUUUUCCUUGUUUGUUCUCCCACUCUUGGUGGGCUGACUCUUGGCAUCCGUAGCUGGUGCUUGUAUGCUUGU